CGCCGUUGAAUCUACGGACGUCUCGAGACCCUACACUACAAAAUUCCAUUCAUCCAUCCCAGGAACAUUCAAUAUCAUCUAUCCCCUGACACACGACACCGAAUUAUCGCCUUUUAUUCGGCAUUACCGAAUCCCGGGUCAUCUGGUACGCUGAGCCACCCAGAGAAGAGCUGGUCCCCUCAGGCCGGGAAUCCACGCACGCUUGUCGCCCUACCUUGGCCAGAGCAAAUCACUAACAAAGCUACAACAAAAAGUAGUACCGAGUAUUCAACAGCGUAUCGACGACUCGUCGACGACAAAACAUCACGAGAAGGCGGCGCAAAAAAAGACGCCUAGUAUCCGCAUUUCCCACCAUUACGACACGUAUACCAGGGUACGGGAAAGGGCAAUCCACGGUAUCGACAAAGGGUUGGAUCGGUGGAGGAUUAAAAAAAGAGGGCGACCCCUCCCAUUAAGACCCCCAAAUCAGGCCACUAUCUUCUCCCCUUUUGUUUUUUCCCGGGCAGCUUUUUAUUUUCUCGCCCUUUUGAUUCGCCCGCUCAUCACCAUCUUCCGAACAUGGCCCCAACAUCCAAGGCGCCCGAGUCCGCCUCCCCGACAACGACCGGGCCCGAUGGCGACUCGUCUGUGGAUAACAUUGCCCAGGCCUACAAGGACCUGCUAAGAGGCGAGCAGGCGGCCAGCGCACUCGAGGCCAACCUGACGAACCUCGAGGGUCGACUUGAUGCACUGCUAGCCGCGUUCGAAUCGGCUCAAGAGCCCAACGAGGACGGCACUGUGGCACCACCGCCCGGCCAAGAUGCGAAGAAGCCGGACGACACGGUCCCUGCCAAAACCUCCAACGGUGGAACCCAGAGCCCCGAGUCCAAGUCUACCGAGGCGGCAAAGAAAGCCUAGAUUCAGAUCUACCUUUUGACGAUGCGGCGCCGCCGCCGUCGCCGGCUAUUAGGCACUGGUCUGUGGCUGCGUACACACACAUUCGACGGCCGCAUCGUGAAAGGGCACGAAGGGUCGGUCAGCAUUUAGUUUGCGGUGUCACGAACUCGCGGUGCCACGGUGUUCUGGACCCGGGACCCCCAUCCCUAUUGCAUUUGCAUUGCAUCGUAUUCUCUGCCCUUUGCGGUUCCGCAUGGAAGCGAAUUCUGGGGUUUGCGACAAGACCAAAAGGUGGCGAAGAAUGGGCGCCUGCAUGCCCCAGGCACGACGAUCCAUGCUAGGGAUCAGGGUUGCCCUCAACACGUGUAUUAGCGGAUUUUUUUUCUCUUGUCCCCGACCUUGACCUAUCAUAUACAUUCUCACCGACCGCAUCCCGUCGUAUAUUGCAAUCCCCCCCAUUGAUGUAUCCGCGCGUACACGUGGUGACUUUUUCCUCUUUCUCUCUCGGGCUUCGCACAGGAGAGGGAGAGGAAGGUACAUGGUAUAAGGGUCCUUCUUUCUCACGGUAGGAAUAGGGGAUGGGAAGUUAUCGAGAUUGGGGCAAACCGGGGAGAGGCGAAGGCGAAACUGCGCGCAGCAUUGCCGGAUUUAGACGGCUUUUGCCACUCGCUUAUUGCUAUCUACAUGUCCUAGGAAC